UGUUGGUUUUUGAAGCCUGUGCUUUAUUCCUGCAGGUGUAACUUCGGGAAGCUGGGCUUCUGGUUCCCGUGGUCGGUGGUGUUGUUGGUGCUCGCCGCGGCUCUCUUCACCUACAUCGCCCUCCUGCUGGUCCUGGCCGUGUGUCUUCUCUCUGAAGGACAGAGGCUUUACCUGCACUGGAGCCACAAGAUUGGUAUCCUGGUGACUCUCUGCUUCUCGAUCAGUGCCACAGCUGUGCUCUCCGACUUACGGAGCAAAGAAUGGACGACGCUGCUCCUUUCUUUUCAGGUCACAGCGCCGUUUCUCCACGUGGGCGGAGUUUCUCUAAUGACAUUUCUGUCCUGGCCAAUAGCCUUACACUUCUUUCGCAUGAACAAGAGAGUGAGGCAGGUGGCUCUCCUCAGCUUGUUCCUGGCGGUUCUCUUCGCUCUGUAUCUGGUGCCGCUGGGCAUGUAUUCUCCCUGCAUCAAAGAGGAGGGCACGCUGGGGCCGGCUCCCACCCUCAUCGGCCACAGAGGAGCGCCCAUGCUGGCACCAGAAAACACCCAGAUGUCCUUUGAGAAGGCUGUAGGAGCGGGAGGAGAGGGACUGGAGACGGACGUCACAAUCAGUUAUGACGGCGUCCCGUUCCUGAUGCAUGACCGCACCCUGAGGAGGACGACUAACAUUCAACAGGUGUUUCCCAACCGGACGGACGCGCCAGCAGCCAUGUUCACCUGGCCAGAGCUGGAGAUGCUCAGCGCCGGAUCCUGGUUUCUUCAGAGAGAUCCUUUCAGCACAGUCUCUUCUCUUGAUGCAGACGAGAGGGUUCGGGUCCAGAACCAGACGGUCCCCAGCCUGAAGGACUUAUUGAAUCUGGCUGCUCAGCACGAGAGGCUGGUGAUCUUUGACCUGAGACGUCCCCCUCAAGGACAUCCAUACAGAGACUCGUGGAUCACACGCACGCUGGAGGUCAUUCACAACGAGUCCUCCAUUAACUCCAGCCAGGUGUUGUGGCUUCCGGCCGAUCAGAGGAGUCUGGUGCAGGAGCUGGACCCGGAGCUGCAGCAGACGUCUGGAGAUCACGCUUCCAUCGAGGAGCUGCAGGAGGAGCACAUCGUCCGACUCAACCUGCACUACAGCUACAUGUCACAGGAGCAGAUCAGAAAGUACGCCUCCGUGAACAUCAGCACUAACCUGUAUGUGAUCAGCCAGCCGUGGUUGUAUUCGCUGGCGUGGUGCGCUGGGGUUCAUUCGGUCACGACGAACGCUCCGCACAAACUCAAGACGCUGCAGCGGCCCCUGUUCCUCAUGACUCCUGAUGAAUACAGUCUGAUGUGGAUCCUGACUGACAUUGUGUCUGCUUUCCUCAUCGCUGCUAUUUUCAUCUUCCACUGGUGGCGUGAGCGAGGUUUGCCGUUCUGGUCGGGCAGCAGACAGGUGAAUGAGAACGGGCCGUACAGCAAGUUCAGGACGGAGCUGAGCGACGUCUGGUCCAUCUCCAGCAUCAGCAUCAGCGUCCACAGAGAGGCUCAGAACUCACCCGUCACUCCCAGCCUGCCCACCAUCAGCGAGGAGCCGCCCGUCUGAAGAUCUGUGCUGUGGAGGAGGAAAGCUUGCGUUUAUUCACAGCUUCAGAGCGACGCAGACAGCAAUCUGAGCUCCAAACCAACGGCGGAAGAUGCUUUUCAUUAUCUGGUCUGGACGAGGGUCAAACUUGGAGACACGAGUACAUGACUUUAUGAACACUGAUAUUAAAUGACCCUCCAUUA